UGUAUAGGUUAAGCUGGUGUCCAUUGGUGAAAAUAAAGUAGAUCAUUUUCUCUCAAAUUCAAUUCAUCUGCCACUUCCCUUUCUUUCACUUGCCCAAUACUAAUACACGAACAUUUGCUUAGAACCAGAAAAUAAACAAUUAAGAUGGUUUAAGUUGACAAUGUCAGCCUCCAAAUACGUGAAGGCUAGCCAAAGGUGCCUUUCUUUGCUGGAGCAAUGUCGGACAAUGUCUCAAAUCAAGCAGAUGCACUCUCAUCUCAUCGUCUCAGCCAGUCGUUUGGACCCUUUUGCGGCCGGUAAAAUCAUUUCCCUCUUCGCUGUCUCUUCCAACGCUGAUAUCUCUCAUGCUUACAAACUCUUUCUUUCUCUUCCACACCGCACCACCUUUAUUUGGAACACCAUCAUCAGAAUUUUUGUGGAGAAAAACGAAAAUGCCACCGCCCUUUCUUUAUACAAAAACAUGCUUCAAACUGGCUUCUUGCCCAACAACUACACCUUCUCUUUCGUUCUUCGAGCCUGCACUGACAAUUCUCCUGUGGGCUUAGCUUCUCAUGCUCAAGUGAUUAAGUUGGGUUGGGAAUCUUAUGAUUUUGUGCUAAACGGGUUGAUCCAUUUGUACGCCAAUUGGAGCUCAGUGGAAGCAGCUCGUAAACUGUUUGAUGUAAGUACUUGCAGAGAUGUCAUUACGUGGACCGCUUUGAUUAAUGGGUAUGUCAAAUCUGGCCACCUUGAGUUUGCAAGGGAACUGUUUGAUCAAAUGCCCGAAAGAAAUGAAGUUUCAUGGAGUGCAAUGAUUACUGGGUAUGUGCAUAUGGGGAUGUUUAGAGAGGCUUUGGAACUCUUUAAUGAUAUGCAGCUUACUGGUCUUCGUCCAAAUCAUGCCGGGAUCGUAGGAGCCCUCACUGCUUGUUCAUAUCUUGGAUCUUUGGAUCAUGGAAGGUGGAUCCAUGCAUAUGUGGAUAGAAAUGGAACGGAGUUAGAUAGGGUUUUAGGCACCGCCCUUGUUGACAUGUAUGCCAAGUGCGGCUGCAUCGAGAUAGCAUGUUCGGUAUUUGAAAAGAUGCCAGAUAAGGAUGUAUUUGCUUUUACUUCUUUGAUUUCAGGCCUAGCUAAUCAUGGUCAAAGCGCAGAUGCAAUUCAGUUGUUUGGUAGGAUGCAAAGUGAAAAGGUUAUUCCUAAUGAAGUUACUUUUAUAUGUGUCCUAAGCGCUUGUAGUCGAAUGGGAUUGGUGGAUGAAGGGUUAAGAAUCUUCAAUUGCAUGAGUGUGGUUUAUGGUAUUGAGCCAGGUGUCCAGCACUAUGGUUGUAUGGUAGAUCUUUUAGGGAGAGCUGGUCUGCUUGAAGAGGCAAAGAGAUUAGUAAGAGAGAUGCCUAUGGAACCUGACUCUUAUGUGCUGGGUGCAUUGCUCAAUUCUUGUAGGGUGCAUGGUGAUGUUGAGUUGGGGAAGGAGACAGUUGAGAGCUUGGUUGAGCGAGGUCUCGACCAUGGUGGGGUUCUUGUCCUGCUGUCUAACAUGUAUGCCUCUUCUAACCAAUGGGAUUGGGUAGUGAAGGUGAGGAAGGAGAUGGGGGCUAAGAAGGUCAGCAAGGUACCAGGCUGUAGUUCGAUUGAAAUUGAUGGCAGUGUGUCUGAAUUCAUUGCAGGAGACAUGUCUUAUUUGCGUGUGGAGGAUGUCAUGCUGGUUCUGUUAGGGAUUGAUAAUCACUUGAAAUUCCUUUUGCUUGCUGAUGAUAAUACUAAUUCCAAUAUGAUCGCCUAUUAAGUUGUAAAUCAAGGGUCAUAAGCACAUUGCCCCCUUUCUGCUAGGAAACCAAGCCUUGCAGUGGUGUUUUUGUUAUGAUGCUGAAUAAGGACCGGUAAAAUGCAAAUACGUCUGAAUUUAUCAA